AUGCUUCAAUUUUUCUCUCUGGUGAAUAUUAUGUUACAGUCAUGGGAUGUUAAUGAAUGGCAAUAUGAUAAUAAUUCAACAUUUUCAGUUAUUGAAUAUUCUCAUCUUAUAUCACUUGACAUCACGAGUGUGCAUCUAGAUUAUGUUGCACAAUUUCUGCUCGAAACCAAGGCACAUUUGCCUCGUCUAACUGAAUUAAAAGUUAGUUAUGACCAAUUAAAAAUGGUAACAAUGAACUUUACAAGAGAUGCCACGCAACGCAAUUUUUCGAAAGUGAAACGAUUAAUUGUUGAAGAGUCAACGGUAUUUUCAAAAGAUGUUUAUCAAUAUUUUCCUUCAUUGUAA